ACACAACCACCGCAGAACGCAACCACACACAUAUUGCAACGGCAAACAAAAGAUAGCGACGAUACGAUAAAGCCAACAUGGCGGAUACUCUCCUGAGCCAGAUCCUGUCAGUCGUAACGCAGCUCCAGCAGGACAGCAAGACCCUUGCCGCAUCCGUUGAUGCCAUCAACGGCCGCGUCAACGCCCUCGCCGAUGUCAAGAAGCUCAAGGACGACGACGACGCUGCCGCCGCCGCCACCGCCGCCGCCAUUAAAGGGCGGGAUGGAGGGAAGCCCGCUGCCGCUACUACUACCACUCCGGUUGCUGCUGGUGGAGCUGCUGGUGAAGCUACGGAACCUCCCGCUUCCCCCACUAACGAUGUUAUCCCGACUGUUGCGAGAAAGCCGAACGUGACCUCUAGGAUCAUCCUGACUACCUAUCCAGGACAGAGCGGAAUCGAUCCCAUUAUUAUGAAUUGGGGGGAGAAGGAUACUACCAAGCGUGGGCCGGUUGUUGUUUCGAGAGGUGCUUCUACCGUCAGGCGUAGGAAUGGUGAGUUCUUCACGGCUUUCUUCAGUUAUACGAGAGAGAUUGCUUCUUAAGAGGUCUUUAAGCUUCUCACUCUGCCCCAUGGCCUCGAUUCUCCCUUUCCCCCAUUCGAUCCUUAUAUGCCCGCUUAUUCUCCAUUGAUCCCGCCAACUAUUUCUGCUUUUGCUCACGCGGACCCUUUUCAUAUUCCGUGUUACCCUCAUGCUAAUCGCUUGCUCUUCUACCUAAAAAUAGCAAUUGGUGCCCAUGGUGGUUCCUAUAGUAUCUACCACGCUCUUGCCGUCGCAAUUCAAGACCUCAAAGUUGAUCACAAGCCCGAUUUCACUAACACUGAGCCCGCCGCGACCAUUGGCCCCUUCCCCCAAUGGUCCGACCCCAAGAAGAUCGUCGCCAUGGAUCCCUUGGGCCAUUUGGCCCCUUGGUUGUACAAUGAUUACAUAAACAAGGAGAAUGUCGAGAUUCGUCCUACCAUUGCCAUCACAAAAGCCCACAUGAAACUUCCCGAGCUCGAAAAUAGCGUAAAGGCUGGUCGCCUCAAGGUUGACGGAAAGAUCUGCUUGAACGAGUCUGGUGAACUAGCUGUUACUAAAUUUGCCGUCGAACCCGUCUGGUAUCUUCCCGGUGUAGCUGAGAGAUUCGGAAUUGGUAUGUUGAACAAUUGUUGUCCCACGCUCCACCAUUACCGUGCCCUUCAGUUUCGUCCUGCUUGACCUCGCCGGUCUUGACACUUCAAGGCGAGUAUCGGCUGGAGCCGCGCUGAAUGCUGCAUAUGUCGGAGUUUUUUUUUUCCGUGUCCAACGUUUCCCGCCUUUUGGUUGUAGAUUUAUCGUCCGCUGACAGAAUUGACUUCCUUCGUGAUCAGAUGAGGGCACUCUCCGUCGUUCUCUCUUUGAGAACACUGGUGGCUCCUUCCCAGAGCUUAUCACCCGCAACGACAUCAAGCUCUUCUUGCCUCCAAUUGGUGGUCUGACUGUCUACUGCUUCGGCGACCCCGCCAAGAUGUCUGACCCCAACGUUAAGCUCGCCCUUCGUGUCCAUGAUGAGUGCAAUGGAUCGGAUGUGUUCGGCUCCGACAUCUGUACCUGUCGCCCUUACCUCAUUUUCGGAAUCGAAGAAGCAGUGAAGGAAGCGCAGAAGGGCGGCAGUGGUGUUGUGGUCUACUUCAGAAAGGAAGGUAGAGCCCUAGGAGAGGUUACCAAGGCAAGAGAAUCGAGAUCCAAGUACGACAGCUGGUCAUUUUUGCUAACGUUCCUCCAAUAGUACCUUGUAUACAACGCUCGUGAGUGACAUUGCUUUUGAGCCCGCUCUUCCGAGGGAAACGGCUGUUGAGCUCACAGGUGCAACAUAGGCAAACGCGGAAUUGACCGAGCCAGCGAAUACUUCAAGAGGUGAGUUAUUGUCGCCCGACAUGUUCCAGAUCCACCUCUGCCUCCUGUGACGCCCAACGCUAACAAAUCCGAUACUAAUCAGGACUGAGGUGCGCCUUUCUCACGCGUUUUUUGCAUCCCUGGCUUGACCUUAGCUAACAAACUUGACAGAAUAUUGCCGGCGUGAAGGUAUUCCAAUGGCCAUUUUCAAGAGAAGCGGGUCGCCCGACUGCAUUCUUGUACUAAUUGAUCUCCAUCCAGGAUAUGAGGUUCCAAGCCCUCAUGCCCGAUGUAAGUUGUCCAGACCCUCCACCCCUUCUCCUGUCCCUCAUCGCACGAUCGUUUUUCCACCCGGAUUUGCUAAAUCUGACCGAUUCAACUGCUAGGUGCUCCAUUGGCUAGGUAUUACGAAGAUCGACAGGAUGCUCUCCAUGUCCAAGUAAGUUUUGGCUCGACACUGCCCGUCGCUUGCCUGCUUGACCUCGCACUCUCGCUGUUAGCGGCCGUGCACCCAUUCGAGGACUGACCGAUUUCCGCUGUAGCAUGAAGUACGAUGCAAUUGUGGGUCAGGGAAUUCCCAUUCAUGAGAGGAUACCAAUUCCGGAUGAGAUGAUUCCGGAGGACUCGAGAGUCGAGAUCGAUGCGAAAAUUCAUGCCGGGUGAGUGAACCGAAGCGCAUUUCCCCAAAAUACCGCGUUCCCCAAGACAGCUCGCGUGACUAUUUUCAAAAACAGAAGCUGACGGACUAAUGUAGGUACUUUACCACUGGUAAGGUCAUGACAAUGGAGGAGCUCAGCGCGGUCCAAGGACGUGCGUGGGGUAAGUGGCAAAUGAGAAGAAAUUCUCUUCAUAAAGGGCAAGGGCCGUUUACUAACGGUACUCGACAGACGACGUGGAUCACUAGGACGGCUCGCGUACAUAUGUGGCCCCCUUGGAGUACAUAGCGGGUAGGGGUCUCAUUCUCCGAUCCCUUAGCAUUUCCACGAUCCCGGGAUUUCCAGGUACCUUUUGCUGGCACCGGCUGACUGUUCAAAAGGGUUCCUCGGUUUUUCAAUUGUUCUUUGGAGCGCAUGCCCCACAGAAAUCCCCGUGGUUUCUUAAUUCCCGGUGUGACGUCGCAUGUAAGGCGGAUCUUGUAAUAACCUGGUACUCCAGAUUUUAUUUUUUUCUUCACUUUGGUUUCCGCAUUUGCAUAAAGUCUCUCCUGUUCCAAAUUCGAUUUGUCCUUCUCCUGCAUCUCGGUUCACGGUUCAUGGUGUUCUCGAUUUUGAUGGAAUAUGUCGAUAUGUAGGCGUUGUUACGCGGUAGGUUGGAGCAAGGUCCCGUUCUCUCUCUCUUUUUUUGUUUUUUUCUUCUUCCCUUGUGCCCUUCCCUCCAUAUCACUAUUGUGAAGGUGUUAGCUGCUGUUGUUUUGGUUGUGACGAGGCAUCUUGGGUGCGCCUGCACUUGUACCGUACGGCAUGCUGCUUGCUUGCUUGGUGUUUGUUGGAUACCUUCUCAAUUCGAUCAGCAUUGUCGCUCCAUGAAUGAGAGGUUACAUUUUCCCGAUUCAGCAAUUCAGUGAAGUCUUUUUUUUUUUU